CUCACACACACGUCUCUUUUCUUUGUUUCUUUCUUUCAUCUUCUUUGUUCCACAACAACAAUAGCAACCACAACGCACGCAUACUUCUCUUUUGCACGUAUCAUUUUUAUUAAUACUACUACUACAACUACUACUACUGCCCAACAAUAAAACCACCCACGCAUCAUUCUUGAUAAUGGCAUCCUCCGCAACUGCGACAGCAAUCCCUCCGCCGCCGUCCUGCUCGCCCUCCCCUUCCUCUCCGUCAACAGCUCUUAUUGCUGCCCAUCCACGCAAACUCGGCCUCGUUAAAUUUUUCAAUUCAACCAAAGGCUAUGGCUUCAUUAUCCCCGCCGAAGAAGAACAGCAGCAGCUCGUAGCGACCGGUCAGCCGCCUGUUGAAGUUUUCGUACACCACACAGCAAUCACGGGCGGAGGCUUCAAGAGCCUUGCCGAGGGAGAGGAGGUCGAGUAUGAUCUGAUCCAAGGGCCUAAAGGCAUGCAGGCUGCCAACGUGUCCGGUCCUGGAGGUAAACCCGUUCAAGGCGAUCCAAACGCACAUCGAUCUUACCAUCAUCGCUACCAGAGUGGCGGAAGACAUCAUUACUACCAUCACCACCAGCAACAACAACGACAACAACAACAACAACAACAGCAGCAGCAUCAUCAUCAUCGUAGCCAUCAAGAUAGCAAUGGAAGUGGAUCAGAUGGAUCCAACGGUAAGUAGAACGGGAGGAUGGACGAGUAUGCUGUGGUGUGACUGAUAAGUAAUAGUUCCUU